UCUUCUGGUCUUAUCGUUUAUCGAUUGUAUGCUGCUGCAGUAGCAACAGCUGUUUGGUUAUCGGUUUCUUAUUUGAGCACGGGACGCAAAAAAUGUAAACAUGUCCGAGUUAAAUCGUAUUUUUAGUGAUUUAAACGUGUAUUAUGUGCCGCAUUUGCAGUGGGUAGAUGUGGAGGAAUGGCUGUAUGGCGAGGAAGCCGAGGAUGAUGUUCUGAGGCAGCGGGGUCAGAAGUUUUGGUCCCUGACCAUGUGCAAACAGGAGAUUGGCCACCAGGAGACGCAGCUGCAGUUUCUUCGGGAUUUAUCUGGAGUUAUACGUUCUAUGAGGGAUGAGAAUCAGGCCAGCUAUAGCAACACCCACGACAACUGGGCCAAUAUCAUCGGGAUUUCCCCAGCAAAUGCGUACCUUUCGUACAUUUAUUCCCUUGUGAGCCUGGUCAUUCCGCCAGAGCAUGUGCAACAGGCUGCUCCACAGGUCAUGAAUGAAAACCUCAAUCUUCAGUUGUCUUUAAACGCUGUGAGCACUUAUCUGCUUACUUUGACUAUACCGGGAGCCAAGAGCUAUGGCAUCUUUGACGAGGAUGUGAUCGAGCAGGUCCUUAAGAUCUUCAGGCUGCUGGAACUGAAUGGCAAUAAAAGCGUCCGGGCCAACACCGUAUGGAUGUUCUUUCUGACCAUCUGCGAUGAUCUAAAGGUGGUCUUUCGUUAUGUGCACUUCAAGGAGCACCUUAAACCACGGGACAGGAUCAUUCGCUGCCUCAUGGAGGUGCUCUACAUGAACUUUAAAGUGGGAUAUCAAAAUUCAUGUGCUCCCGCCUUGCACUCCAAAUGCUUCGAGCUUUUUGGGGAAAUAGCCAACGAGCACAAUGGCGAUGUCUAUGAAACACUUCAUCUGAUAAUGCGGCAGACAUUUCCGAUGCAUGUUUAUACGGAUAGUCCACAUAGCAUUGGAGCAGGACGUCGAGGAGGGGCGAUGCAGAGCGGGGAGCACAUAUCGGAUUGGUUUAUCCAGCUUAUAGAUAAGUAUCCGGACAUUCUAAUCCGAAUAUUGCACUUCUACAUUGAGUGCGUGGUUUCCAAUCCUAUCAAAGCGUGGAAGAGCAACGAUGAGAAGGUGGCCAUAGGAUAUGCGGCAAAAUACGACAGGAUUCUGUUCGCCAAGUGCAACAAAUCCUGCGCAGACUUUGUCCUGGACGCUGUGAAAGCAGACGAUGCUGUGGGAAUUCAAACUCGUGCUUUGGAUCUGAUUGAGAAGAUCCUGAUGCAGCAGAGCGAGGUGGAGUGGAGCAUUUUCCGGUACGAUGUGUCCAAGGUGCCAAGGGAAGUACCCCUCCUGAGGGAGGUGAUGCGCUGUCUCAAUGAUCGGACAUUUACUGUCCGCCGGAAGGCUUGUCAAGUGCUCAUCCUGGCCCUGAAACAAGGCUCCCCGCUGACCACAAAAAUUCUAGACGAGAGUAUUCGAUUCGUUCAGUUUGAGGAUGCGGAUGUGGAAUCACUACCAGAGCCUUCCGCUGAGCAAAACGAGCUGCGUUUUGAGAAGCCCGGAAUUGUCCAGUAUGCCUUUAGUUUUGAGGGUCAUGAGGAACUGGAGCCGGAGGUCAAGAAUGUCCCUCAAACGGUGUACCAGCGAUUUCUGGCCGCGGAUAAUGGCUUAGCUCGAACCGCUGGCAUAGCUCUACUCGAAAGAUUGGUGCUAGUUAAUCCCCUCAUCAUAUACAAUACGAAUUUCGUGAGGGAAACCUCUUUGCUGGCUGUGGAUCGGCUGGCUUCGGUGAGGAAAUCUGCGCUGGACACUAUAGAAACCCUACUGGAGGCAUACUCCAAUUGUUUCGCCUUGAUUUGUGUGUACUGCCGGAUUUGGGCUUGCUUAAUGAGCGAUGAGGAUGCGGCCCUGCAAAAGCAGGCUUUAAUGAGCUUUGAUCGCAUGGUUCUGAGGAACAUCCAGCCCCUGGAGUAUUCAAAUGAAGCGAAACACUUUAUGCCCUGGCGAAUCAUCAGUACUCUUUUGAUGACACAACCUAGAGCUUAUCUGCAAGAAAGAUUCGCAAUCCUAUUGGAAAGGGAAACCAUUGUAACACCCAGGCUGGUGAACGUUAUAAUAUCGCAUUUAUCCACAUCCAUGGCCACCGAUGCCUGGGGAUUGCUGCUGCUCCUGUCCAGCCGCAUCACCAACAACAUGGACGCACUGAUUGGCAUCUUCAAUGGCCUCUCCUCAUACAAUAUGAAAUCCAAUCAAUUUCUGGCCCUUCAGCUCAUCAUUGGCUGCCUUAGGAACUUCUCGAAGCCAGCUCUAAAUCAGUUAUUUCAGAGGCUUUUGAAUGCCCUGAGCACGGGAAGCAUUUGGCUGGGCAUCAUAUCCAGUGCCGUCAAUCUGAUCAACCAGAUCCACCACUUGUCCGCUAGCCAGGCUCCUUCGAUGGCUCCCGAGACGCCAGACUGGCAGCUCUGCUUGCUGGAAGAUCUGACCGAGGGAAUUCUGAACAGUGCCAAGAAUUUCCAGGAUGAGCACACCCGUCUGCAGUGCCUUUUGGGCGCCUAUACGGAGAUAAUAGUGAUGUUGCCCCAGGAGGUGGACAACCGGAUUGUGGGCAUUGUAUUUAAGUACCUGCAGGAAUGCACCAAGCUCAGUGAGUCCGAAUUCGAUACGGAUAACGAGCGCAUGAUCAACUGGAUGAUUGUAAUAGCAGGUCGCUUGUGCCUGCGGGAAAAUCAUUUGGCCAACAGCGUGUCCAAGCUUUAUAGAGUCAUUCUGACCAAAAAUGACAGACCGCAGAUCAUCAACACCACUCUGAUAGCCCUAAACGAUCUGGGCAAGAAGCAUCCUUCGAUUCUUGAGAGCAAUUUCCAGGUCAUUCUGUCGAAACUCCACUCGAAAUUCGCCAUGACCAGAGUGCGCACCUUUCGGUGUGUGAAGGAUGUGAUUCUCUCCGGGAAUAUCAAGUUAAAGGGUCCCAUUCUCAUAUCCAUGCUGGCUGGUCUGGUCGAUGAAAGUGCCGAGGUGGCCAGGGAAGCGGAUGCCUUCUUCAUUCGCUACAAAAGGUUGUACAAUAAGAUGCUUUUCGACCAUUGCCUCAAGGAGUGUCCUUUCGACCUGAAUGGUCAGGCUUACUUAAGAGGAGUGAGGACGGAUGCCAACUAUAAGUCGCCACUGAAGGGUCCAGAAAUGGCCAAAAGUCGUAGGUUGCUCUACAAUCAUAUCAUGUCCUCGGUGGAUGAAAACACGCUGUUGCUUUACUUUGGCCAACUGAAGCUGUUGGCAGAAAAAACUAGGGACAAUGCUUUUGUGAGUAAUCCUGGCGCCUUGACCGUGGUUCAGGAUAUGCUCUUCAUCAUGCGUCGCAUUUGUUUUCGCACUAAAGGUAAGGGCAAAGAGAAGAGCACUCCAGGCGAGGGCGACAUUAAUGAUGAAGGUGAGGAUGAGCCAAUGGAGGCACCAGCUCCAGCACCCAAACCAGCAGCAGGAGAAGCACCAGCACCAAGGGGAAGGGGACGCAAGGCGGAUAACUCCGAGGAGCCACUCAAGCAAUUGGAGCGUUGCCUUCGCUAUGUGGAGGAAACCUAUCGCAAUCUCAAGUCCGCGAUGAGUUCCGAUUUCAGGCAUACAUUUGAUAGCUUCUGCCGAGCUCUGGCGAUGCGAUUUCCGAACUACAUUGAGUUUGCCCAGCCUGCAAAGUUUUGGCAGAAGUAUCGCUCCGCGAAAACUCCCAAGGGAGGCAAAAAGAAGCGACGACGCUUGGACGAGGAUGCUGAAGAUGAAUCGGAGGAGGAUCAGCAAUCCGAUAGUGAUAGUGAUAACGAGAUGCCGCUGGAGAGGCACAAAUCCACGCCAGCUGGGUCGCGAAUGGCCCAAAGGAAAACGAGCUGCGAUAUGCUUGUUACUGAGCUUAUUUUCCAGCCACCCGAUUGGUAGCUCUCAAAAAUGGUUUGGCUUUUGCCAGGAGGUUUAAUUUUUGUAAAAAGCAUUCUUUGAUUCCUUUUUUUUUUCAUUGCAUUUUCAAUAUAAAUUAUUAGCUUUGAAAUUUUGUAAAUAUAUAGCUAUAAAACUAGAAUGUUAAAUGAUUAAGUUCUACAAGCGCAAGUUAUUAUAUUAU